UGCAAAUUAACUGUCUGAGAUUAAGCAGUGCGGAACUGCUCUCGUCCUUAUUCUGAGGGCAACACUUAUGUGUACGAGGAGCGCUAAUAAUUAUAACAUUAAUUUAAUUAAUUAUUUCUGUAUAUUAGUUCAACAAUUUGAGAUGCAGUAUGCGCCAUGCGUACAAUACAUAGAUCCCGGAUGUUACCUCAGAGCCCUACACUCCUUGUUCCCGUAUAUAUGGGUGUGGUAUCCAACCGGAAGUUAUAUGCCACGUAUGUUUUGUUUGGCUUUAACAAUGAGACAGCUUUUCAGGACGUUCGUCUGUCUGCUCUUCUUCCACGUCGUCUUUUCAUCUCCUAAAAUACCAACACAAUGCGAAGGUAGGAGCACACACGCACACACACACACACACACACCAGAGACUCUUAGUUAGGCUUGCUUGCAAUAUUGAUUGCCCACAGUUUGCAGGUUGUUUAGCAUAGAGCUGCUGAAAGAGCUCGAUAGAACUGGAGGUUCAUCUGCAAUGUUAGAGACAGGACACAGACUGGAUCCGAGAGGCAACUAUCAAGCAUCCGGAAAGAUACCAUACCGGAAGUCGUACGUCACAUGCUGAGUUGCGAUUGCUUGAAGCUUUAGAGCAAGUUUGUGCAGGAAUGUAUGCCUAUGACUUGCAGGACGACGAUAAGUCAGCGUUCAGAUAUCACAGAAAAAGAAAUUUGGGUGCUCUUGCCGAGCUGAUGUCACAGCUGUCUAGUACAACAAACAAGCUCGGAAUUUCUAACAACAUGGAGACUCUCAUCGAUCCAAGAGGCGACUUAAAAGUGCUGAAAACGAAGUGUAGUGGCUUGAUUGAGGACUAUGAAGAUGACAUCACAGAGUGGUACAUGAGCCAUCAAGACAAGACUGAUCUUACUGAUUAUUUGUGUGCUCAAAGAGUCGCCAAGAAGGACCACGAGUGUCUAACUCAACGACUGAUUGAUACGUUUGAUAAGACAGAUGACAAGGAAAUUGAUGAUGAUGAUGAUGACGACGACGAAGAGGAGAUUGAUGCAGACACAGAGGAUGAGGGUCAAGAGACUUCCGAUGCAACUGACGCAUCCAACGAAGGAAAUACCGACGAGGAUUCAAACGAAACUACAGACAAACACACAGAGUUAUGACGUCAUAUGAACAGUUAAUUGCAAAAUUGUACUGACACGCAUCAAUCUUGUGUUAUAAUUCGACUAAAAUUUUUAGUCAAAAUUGUGCUAAUGACUUGACAGUGUGAUUGUUGGCUGUGAGUGUGAUGGUGAGUUUUUUGAAAAAGUGAUUUGUGAUUGGGG